GCUGUAUAGCUGUAUCCAUGUGGAAUUACAUCUGAAAUCUCGCUCACUUGGGUUUGUUUCGAAGGUGAUGUGCAUUAAGAUUUGAAACCUUUUUGUCCUAAAGUUAGAUAAAUCAAAAUGAGUCAAGGGUGUUGGAGAGAAGUAACACGUGCUAUUGACGAGAAAAGACAUGAGCUGGUCCUUUCAGAUCAAGACGUGGCGAGCCGCUAUCAAAAUGGUGGACUGGAUAUGAGAAUUUUUGAAAUAAAAUCUCUGAACUUCUUGCAGAUAUCUAACGUCAACUUAUCAUCAGUACCAGAAGAAGUAGGUGACUUAACUAAUUUGAAAAACUUAGCUUUGCAAGGAAACAAGAUAAAAGAACUCCCAGACACUAUUGGCUCUCUGACACAAAUCAAAUUCUUUGAUGUUUCAACGAACGAGUUGGCAAAGGUUCCAGAUUCUUUAGGACGUUUACAAGCCUUACACACAUUAAAUCUAAGCUGUAAUAAUCUAACGAGUCUUCCAAACUUAGAGUUGCUUGCGAAUUUGGCCAUUCUUCGAAUCGAUCAUAACAAACUCCCGAGUUUGCCAGAAGGCAUCUAUACUCUGGAGCAUCUAAUUGAGAUUCGUGCCUCCCACAAUCUAAUUCACUCCAUCACUGAAGAAAUAAGUCAGAUGGAAUCAUUAAAAAUUCUGGAUAUUGCUAACAACCAGUUGAAAGAGCUGCCAGGACAGCUGGCUAUUUGUCCGAAGUUGAAAGAUCUUAACCUAAAGGACAAUCCACUGACAGAUAACAGAUUACGUAAAAUGACUCUGCAAUGCAACACAAGAGCUAUAUUGGAUUUCAUAGCUUCACAUUCAGCUGAAGCUGCCAAAGGAAAGAAAGGGAAAAAGAAAAAAACAGGAAAGGCCAAUGUGAAAAGUGACACUUUGGAUGAGACCGCAAGGAAAAUCCAUGUGCUGCACAAUAUCAAGGAAAAAAAGUGUGUUGUCUUUAAGGAGGUUUUGAAAGAAAUAAGGCCAUUUAUUAUCUGCACAAUAGUGAAGAAUUUAGAUCUCAGUGAUAUUCAGAAGUACAAAAAGUUUAUUGCAAUACAGACUAAGAUUCAUGACACAGUCAGUAAUGGAAGAACAAGUUCAACCAUUGCAACACACACUGCAAGUAAUUUGGUAUUCCCAUUGGUUUAUGAUGGAAAAAACCCUGAAGGUAUACAGAUAGCUCCAAUAGGCAGUGACACUGAAUUAUUAGCCUCCCAAUACGUACAAAGACUCAAAGAACAAAGAGAACUAGAGCAAAAGAAGAAGAAAAGAAGUCAAGCAUCUGGUGUAUAUAGGUUUCUUGACUUACUCGAAGGUCAAGAAUUGUAUCCUUGCUUGAUAAGCAAUGAAAGAGUUAUUUCUUUACCACCAAUUACUAACAGUGAUGCAACAAAGGUGAACCCAUCAAUUGGUGACAUCUUAAUUGAGGUAACAUCAUCAGUCAGUCUUGCAGCAUGUAAAGAAGCAAUGGAAAAGUUACUUGAAGAGUUGUUUCUGCUUGGUUACAUUUCCAGCCAAUUUUCAGAAGUGGCAGCAAAUGUCGGCACUGGACUUGUUGGACUGCUCUUGGAACAAGUGAGAGUUGAGCAUGAGGAUGGACAACUGAGAUCUGUAUAUCCUUCAAGGGCUGACUUGAAAUUUGAUAAUAUUGCAGUGUCACAUGUGGAAUGAAUUAAUUAUUCUUUCAUACCAAUCAGAAAUCAUCCUUUCAAGUCAACUGACACUAUGUUUGUUUAACCAAACAAUUAGCCAACCCAUAAUGUUCGAAUGUAACCUUGUUAGCAACAUAAGAAAUCAACAAAUUGAGUACAUAAGAAGUUUUAAUAGUCUGGCAGAGUUUGUUACAGUAUGACCAUAGUAUCAUUUUCACAUGGAAAUUAUUGUCUCUAUAAAAUUUGGCCUAUCAACAGGGAUAAGAAACAAAGAGCAAUGUGCAAAUUUAUUUUGUUUAGCCUGUUCACUGAAAAGUUUGCAUUUUUCCUUCAUUGAUCGAUACACGAUUGCACCUUUUCUGGAGGUUUUUUUAGACCACACAGAAAAGUGCAUUAUGGUAUGCCUUUGAAGAGCUUUCUGGUCCCAGUUCUCUUUUCAGACCCUGGCAAUUUAAUCUUCAUGUUGAGAUUCUUGUAUGAAAACUUUGGUUUCGGGGAAAAACUUUGUAUGAAACGUCUACCCUUUUCAUUUUCAAGGUCGCAAUUUCAGAACUUAAACAAUUGCAUUCCUGAUAUAGAACAAUAUGAACUUUCCUUGGUUCUGUGUUGGGGAGGUGCUCUUUGAGGAAAAAGCGUUGUCAAGCUUCCAAAGGGGCGUGCCCGCAAAAUUAAUUUACAAUCGAUGGACUCUUUACGCUUUGUAUUCUACAAUGCCGCCUUACUGUUGUUUUCAUGUCAUUUUGCAAUAGAUAUAUUAUGUAUACGUGUAUAAAAAUUACAGUUAAAAUGCUGUUUGCCAAACCGACGUUUUAAAACCGGUUGGCUUUAUGCAGAAAAGAAAAAUUCUUACCUUUGCCUCGAUAGAAUGGAAUAAUUCUAAUUCUUACUUUAAAUAGAAAUAAAAAGAGCAAGUAUUAAAGUACUUGAAAUCUUUCUUUGACAGAGGUAAUGGGGCAACAUGACAUUUUUGUUUCCAUUUCUCAAGCUGUUUAGGAGGCUGGCUCCACAUAACGCGAAUGACUGAAACUAAUUUUUUAACAAUUGUCGAGCGUUGGUCAAAAACAACAUCCCUUUCGUCAAAGCUUCACUUUCUUCCAUUUAGAAUGGACGGAAUUGGCCACAGAAACUUUAAUAAAUUUUUUAUCGAACUCUACGCUUACAUAUAAAAAGACUGAUAUGGCCAAUAUAUAGAAUUAAUUUCUAGAGUAGGAGGUCGUUCUGGAAUCCUUUGGAUACAAAACCAGGUCCAAAAGUAUGAAACAUCCCUUUAGCUUCAUUGAAUGCGUACCCCUGCAUCAAAAACGUCGACAUUGUUUAACUAGACGAAAUGGAACCAAGGAAAAAUUACGAAUACUAUGAAGAAUUCCCUUUUAACGGUUUAUGAGAGUUCAGUUUCUUACCCAACGUCACUUUGAGUUAUUAGAAAAACAUAUAAAUCGUCUAAAUGAAUUUAAUACUGGACGUAUUUACAAAGUGGUGUCCUAUUUCGUUCCAGCCCCCUUUUUUGAAUUUAUGCUUCUAAUGCCGACCUCCUGCAUGAAACAUUUGAGAAAUAUAAUUCAAAAAGACAAAAAAGGAUCUAGAAUAUAUAGCUGGCUUCUAAUAGAAUUAAAAUCAUUUGUGAAUGAUUGUGAUAGAUAAUAAAUCUUUCAAAAACAUGAUAUAAUUUUUAAGCGAGGAAAUAUACAAAAUAAAGGUUUGAAUUCCCAAAUUCUGUAGUAUGACUCUAAAGAUUAAAAGAUAAAGUCUGUAGUAUGGCUCUAAAAAUGAUUUAAAUGUUAAUGGACAAAUAUUAAAAAAUUUUUUUUCUUUAAUUUACAAAAAAUGAGCUAAGGGUUGUUUUCUGAUUUCAAAGCAUUGAUUGUGAGCACAUAAGCUAUUCCAAUUUUUCAGUUUUAUGUUGUUUAAAAGCCCUUUUUUAGAAUGAAUAUGUGGUAAUAUUGUUUUUUGGUAUUUGUUACUACCAAGCUUCCAAAGGGAGUUUUUAGGACACUGAGAAUCUGUAAUUAGCGAGGGUUGGCCUGAUGGAAACGUUCCCCACUCUAUAUGAAACGUCAUAUAAGUGACUCUAACAGCAGACCUUGAAAAUGGCUUUGAAAAAAGCACUUUUCUUUGUCGAGGAGAAUAUUCUCCAUUUUUUGGAUGUAGUCCUUUUUGUUCAAAAUAACCACUCCUGACCCUUUAUCAGGCUUGGUGAUAAAGAUGUCAUUAUUAGACCGUAGAGAUUUUAAUGCUUGAAAAUGUUCUCUAUGCAAAAGAAAAUAUGAGUGGUCGAUGGGAGAGCCACUGUAAGCGUACGCCAAAUCGCUUAGUCGUGCUCGUAACAGCAGAUCCUUGAAACUAACACCCGUGACUCCAACCACCGAGCCAUCCUCACAUACACGUUUUUUUAUAAGAAAAUAUUUCAUUAGAAAGUUGUGCUAGUUUCUUCAAAAAGUUAAGAAAGUUCAGGGCUGGAUCUUUGAAACCUAAGCAAGUUGAAAAAUUUAGAUAUUCAAAGUUUCAAAGAAAAUUGUGAUGAAAGAGUGAAAUAUUUCAACAAUACAGUAAUGUGCUGAGCAGGAAACGACGAAUACAGUAUGACGUUGAGGGUUUUGAGAAAUAUGGCAUAUUUAUAGCAUAUUUCUAAUGCUUAGUAACGUAAAACUUUCAAAUUUUACGUUAAGAAAGUUUUAGUGCUUAAAUUAGGAAAUAGCUACGAGAGUCUUAGGGCUGGGCUGAAAAAACUUUCCUAUUAAAAAAACGUUUAUGCUGCUUACUGGUUACUGACUGCUUCAUUUUUCAUGUUUGUUGUGAUAGCGAUAAGUCUGCGGGCCUAAAAAGGCUUAUUUCGGGAUUUGGAUGAGACUAAAAAGUGAGGGAAGCAAGAUAAAGCUUAUUGGUUCGAGAUUUUAAAGAAGACAGGUUAUAAGAGUCUCGGAAACCAGGGUAAAGCGUUUCAAAUUUCCAUAGGAAAUGAGUUGUAGAACAAUG